AGAUUGACGGUCUCACCGUGCGUUCACACCAGAGGCGGCGAGAGCGUCAAAUCGACCGGAAGUCAUUCAUUUUCAAUGACAGCCAGCGUCUCUCGGCAGCGAGAAGCAGCGCAGCGAGUCUUGGGCGGUGUGGGCAUCAGAUGAAAGUUCAAGUGCAGUCAACAUUAUGCACAGAAGACAGCGCUGAUUGUUUAUGCCCACCAGAGUCCUGCAUCGUUCAAUGCUGCUGCGCGGGAUGCAGCCAUCAAGGCUCUGACGGAUCAAGGCUAUAAAGUCCUAGUGUCGGAUCUCUAUGUUAUGAACUUCAAAGCGUCAGCUACUGCAGAGGACAUUAAGGGUGAUCUAAAGAACUCCGAGCACUUUGUGUAUAAUGAGGAGAUGACGGCUGCAUGGCAAGAUGGUCGCCUAAGUGAUGAUGUCACAGAAGAACAAGAGAAGGUGAAACAGGCAGACCUGAUCAUCUUUCAGUUCCCUCUCUACUGGUUUAGUGUACCUGCCAUCAUGAAGGGCUGGAUAGACAGAGUCUUAGUUCAGGGAUUCGCCUUCACUAUGCAGAGGAAGUAUGACAAUGGCAUGUUUAAGGAAAAGAAGGCCAUGCUUUCAUUCACCACUGGUUCAAUGGAGUGCAUGUUUAAGCCUGAUAGCAUCCAUGGAGAUAUCAAUGUGUUACUCUGGCCCUUACAGAAUGGAGUGCUGCGUUACUGUGGGUUUCAGGUCCUCGCCCCCCAGAUUUUCUGGUCUCCUACACACUCUCCGCCACCUGUAAGAUCAGCCAUGUUAGAUGCAUGGCGGGAAAGGCUGAACGGUCUGAUGGUUGAAAAGCCUCUGUCCUUUGCUCCAUCUGAAUACUUUGACCUUAGUUUCCAAGGCGGCUUUCGUCUUCGGCCAGAGGUUAAAGAGCAAUUUGCUUCUCAGGCCUAUGGCAUUACCACAGGACACCAUUUGGGCAAAAUGAUGCCUCCAAACAACCAGACAAAAGCUAAACAAAUGGAUUAAUCCACACCAGAUAACUAACACAUACCUCAUUCUAUGCGGUUGUUAUAGAAGAAUGGAGGAGUUGUUGUUGCAUAUAUUAAUUACAAUCAUCCAAGAGCAUUAACUAUAUGAUCAAUCACACUUUUCUGAUAUAUUUGUAUCUGUUAUUUCUCUGUAGAGAUAUAACCAUCUAGGUGUUUUAUUAAAAUGAUACAUUUUGCUUUACCUUUACUGAUGCUUCAAUGUUAUCUAAGGCAUAUUUUCAGAUGUUAACCAUAAACUAAUAUUUAAAAAUA